GAAAAAAAAUCCAUCUUAGCCACAACAAAGACGGAAAUUUUGAGAAAUCCCAUGUGCUCCACCCAACUAUCAAGAUAACAUACAAUGCAUAACAUGCAACAAUGAGUCUACAAACAGCAAAGAAAAUUCAAACCAUUCAUUAUUGAUUUCUAAGACCAAAUGCAUGGUUGUUGCUACUUUGGUAACAACUCAUUAUUACAAACAUUAUUUUUGUACUUGUUCUUGUUUAUAUAUACCAUACUUUUAUGUCUCUUCUUUCCUCACUCUCUCUCUCUCUUACCCCUCUUAACCCUCUUACUUUCUUUCACCUGGCAUUUGUUUAGAUUAGAUUGAAGUUUAGAUCUUUUAGUUUUAUGUGAAAAAAGCUCUAUUGGGAUGUGUGUUCCUAGAUUUGGUCUUUGAUUCCAUUGGUUCUCUCAUUUUUGGUUUGAUUGAUUGAUAGAAUAAUGGGUUGUUUUUAUUAUGCCAUAUUCUUUGUUUUGUUUCUAUCCAUUGAAAAUUCUUUGGCUUCUUCUAUUGAAGAUCAGAAGAGAGAUAAGAUAGGUUGGUUACCAGGGCAACCAGGGAAUGUUGGAUUUGAACAGUAUUCAGGUUAUGUGACUGUGAAUGAACAGAAUGGAAGAGCACUGUUUUACUGGUUGACUGAAGCACCACUGAGCCGUGGACCCAAUUCAAGGCCACUGGUUUUGUGGCUUAAUGGUGGUCCUGGUUGUUCUUCUAUUGCUUAUGGUGCUUCUGAGGAGAUUGGCCCUUUUCAUAUUAAGUCUGAUGGCAAAUCACUUUACUUGAAUCCUUAUGCUUGGAACAAAUUGGCAAAUAUACUGUUUCUUGAUUCUCCCGCCGGUGUUGGUUUUUCUUAUUGUAAUAAAACAGCAGAUCUGUACACAUUUGGUGACAAGAAAACAGCUGAGGAUGCAUAUAUUUUUCUUGUAAAUUGGUUUGAAAGAUUUCCUCAGUAUAAACAUAGAGAUUUCUACAUUGCUGGAGAAAGUUAUGCAGGUCAUUAUGUUCCUCAAUUGGCUCAACUUGUUUACCAGAGAAAUAAGGGAAUCAAUAAUCCAGUUAUGAAUUUUAAGGGAAUUAUGGUUGGAAAUGGUGUUACUGACGAUUAUCAUGAUUAUAUCGGAACAUUUGAGUACUGGUGGACACAUGGUUUGAUUUCCGAUUCCACAUAUAAAAUUCUAAGAGUUGCAUGUGACUUUGGAUCGUCUCAGCAUCCAUCCGUGCAAUGUAUGCAGGCUCUUAGACUCGCAGUUGCUGAGCAAGGAAACAUUGAUCCAUAUAGCAUUUAUACACCGCCUUGUAACAAUACGGCGUCGCUUAAACGCAGCUUGAAGGGUCGUUAUCCAUGGAUGUCAAGAGCAUAUGAUCCGUGUACUGAAAGGUAUUCUGAUUUGUAUUUCAAUCGUCCAGAUGUUCAGAAGGCACUUCAUGCCAAUGUAACAGGGAUUCCAUAUAUAUGGAAAACUUGCAGUGAUAUUGUUGGGAAUUAUUGGACUGAUUCGCCGUUGUCUAUGCUUCCUAUAUAUCAUGAACUUAUCAAUGCUAGUCUACGGAUAUGGGUAUUCAGUGGAGACACUGAUUCUGUAGUUCCACUAACCGCCACUCGAUAUUCUAUUGACGCAUUGAAGCUUCCAACCAUCGUCAAUUGGUAUCCUUGGUAUGACAGCGGCAAGGUUAGUGGAUGGAGCCAAGUUUAUAAAGGGCUCACAUUCGUGACAGUAAGAGGCGCUGGACACGAGGUUCCUCUUCAUAAACCACGCCAAGCGUUUAUUCUUUUUAGAUCAUUCUUGGAGAACAAGUACAUGCCAUCAUCAAGUUAAACAGAUGCAUUUGUUCUUCACUUCAAGUAUAGAACCGAAAAAAGUACCUUACAUUCUUAAGAAUAACUUCAAUAUUCAUAUCAUAUAUACGGAACAGCAGGCUGAGACAGAAUAAGGAAUGCAUUCCUCAUGAGUUCCAUCUUGAAUCUCUGCCUGGAAAUUAAAGUUGAUAAAUGUACCAAUAGCAAUAGGUGCUCUUCUGUUUUUAUUUGUUAAUGAAACUGUGAUUAUUUUUAUCAAAGUGUUAUUCUUUAUAUAGUUCAA